AUGAUGCAGCUGAGCGGUGCAUGGUUGCUGGCGGAUCUUGAUGGGACGCUCAUUUCGACCCCACACAAGGCGCAUGGGCAGUACCUCUCGCUGGAGCAGAGUCCGUGUCUGGACGCUAUCCGCCGCUGGUUGCUUAACGGCGGUAACGUUUGCGUCGUCACUACCGCUGACAAACGUGUCCUGGGCCAGUUGUAUACCCCGCUGAAGCCGAUCUUGAGGGACGCGGCCGGCCGUGGCAGAUGUGGAGAGCUGCUACUGAGCCUUUACACUGGCGCAGUGCUCUAUCGCUGCACAGCGGACGGCGUGGAGAUUGUGCGCGACUACGCCGAGUCGACGCACUGCGCCACUGGCGAGGCGGUCGAGCUGUCGCACCGCUACGGGCUGCAGUUGCACCACACCGUCGUGGCGAGGGUUGGGCCUGACGGCAGGAGAGCCACCGCGCAGGUGGCGUGUGUGAAGGGUACAUGCUUCACACUCGAUGUCUGUGAAGCGCUGCUGGAGCGCGUGGGACGCAUCUUCGUCGAUCUGGUGGAGAAGGCGCUGUGCGGGGAGCCGGCGGUUGUUGCAGCGUUCGACGGCAUGUCGGCGCGCUACAAAAAGAUGUGGCGACUGAUGUUUGCCUUCCUAGACGCACAGUACACGAAGCAUGGUCGUGGCGCAGUGACGCCAGCGGAGGUGGCCGCGUGGAAACGUGACUACUUGUGGCAACGGCGGCGGCUGCUGCGAGCGCUGGGCAUUAUUCGCGUUGAGCUAGCCGACUCGCACAGUCUGCCAUUGUAUCACAACGCAGCAGCAGUGGAAGAUGAGGAGGCACGGCGGCUGAAGGCGCAAAUGCUGCGCGUCAUUGGUGACGACACGACUGCCUCAUGCAGCUUCGUGGACUCGAUGCUUCGGCUACUCGGCACCGAGCCGUGGGAUAUGGACGGUGGAAGCAGCAACGAACAGGCGGCGUCCGCAAGGGCCGGUGUGGCGCAGGUUAUUGUGGUUGGCAUCCCGCUCCGUCUCUUCUCGAGCUGCUUCGAUCUGCACAUCAAGGCUUUCGCCCGCUUCGGUGUGACGGCAAUUCCCCAGCCGAACAGCGUUGUCUUCUCCAAGCUGGGCGUCUGCAAGUCCACCGUCAUUCGCUACCUCAUGGGGCGAGAACUGUGGCCGCAGGAGGAAGACCCGUCGCGGCAGGAUGUUUCUGGUUGUGGGCCGAACGUCGCUCGCGCACCGUCUCUGCGCGGCGUAGUGAACGCCGCGACAGCCAUUGCACUGGGCGACAAUCCUCACACCACCGACUACGAGCUGACGGUGUUCCCGCAGUUGUUGUUCAUAUCGGUCGAGCGGGCGGAGCAACGCUCCAGCCGCCAUGCCCACAUUCGCGAGGCGGCAGGGGCGUCGCUUACCUGUCGACGCGGCCCCCUGAUGGACGAUCGCCGCCUGCCAAACCUGCGCUAUGUUGGCGGCGAGGAGGCGGGCACGGCGGCGUUUCUCGCGGCGCUCAUGAAUGAUCUGCACGUCCCCACUAAGGUGUCAGUGCUGCCGCCGUCGCAGCAGCAGCAGCAGCAGCGAUUGGAGCGGGAUGCCUUCGCGCACGCGGUGACACAUGCCGCCGCGAAGGCCUUUGCUGCCGUGGGUGCGGCACCGUCACACCUGUAG